AUGUACAGCCUCCUUCUCGACACAUACAUCAAGGAUACAAGGAGAGAGACAAUCUAUUUUGCGCAAUCGAAAACCAUCCCUUGCAUCGCGAAGAAGGCGCAGUGGGCGAAGACGUGGAUCGACAGAUCUCAGACUUCUGCGGAGCGUAUCGUCGCUUUUGCCUGCAUCAAAGGCCUUCACUGCGAUUUCGCGUGCCUCAUCUACACUCUAUUGAGGACGAAGCUUUCGGAAGAACGCAUGAAGGCAAUCGUCUGCGACGCCGUCGAGAUCGAGAGGGAGUUUGUGUGUGAUGCGCUUUCAUACGUGUUCGUGGGAAUGAAUCGGGACCUGAUGAGCCAUUAUAUCAAAUUUUUUGUUGAUAGGCUUUUGGAUGCGCUUAGGUACGGAAAGGUUUAUGAUGUAGCGAAUCCAUUUGAUUGGAUGGAGUUAAUCUCGCUUGAGGGUAAAACAAACUUCUUCCAGAAGCGAGUUGGUGUUCACCAGAAGUCCUCUGUUAUGACCAAGGCAUCGUUUAGCAUAUUUGCAAAAUUUAAAGAGGAAAACAUCUAUAAUAAUCAGAGACUAUGUCCAUUGAUGAAUUCAAGGAGUACAAUAUCAAAGCCAAACCCUGUUAGAAGGUAUUGA